CUGCGUACAUCGCCUUUCACCGGCUUCUGCUCAUGGGUCACGGUGUCUUGUUUGACUUGAAACUGAAAGACAGACAUGAAGUCUGUGGAGGAGCCUGACAGCUUCGUCCUCUUGAACCGUUUGUCGGACGACUCGAACGUGGUGAAAUCUUACGUGAAUAAACUAAGGCAAAAGGCUGAAAAAGAAGUGGAGCUACGCCAUGACGUCGAUCUGAGGGACUCGUCUUUAAUUAAGUUUCUAAGAGCCAGAGAUUUUGAUAUCGAUUUGUCGCUUAAGUUGCUCCUGAACUACCACAAAUGGAGACGCGAGUGUCCAGAGAUUGCGGGCAACUUAUGCCCUACUUCAGUCCUGGGCCUGCUCCAGAAUCAGUACCACGGUGUGCUGAGCUCCAGGGACAGCAGUGGGAGUAGGGUUCUGAUCUACCGGAUUGGUAAGUGGAACCCGAAGGACUUCAGUGCCUAUGAAGUCUUCCGUGUCAGCCUCAUUACGUCCGAGCUGAUCGUCCGUGAGGUCGACACGCAGCAGAACGGGCUGAAGGCCAUUUUCGACCUGCAGGGCUGGUGUUUUGCUCACGCCCUGCAAAUUAACCCCUCAUUAGCCAAGAAGAUCUCAGCUGUGCUUACGGACUCCUUCCCUCUGAAGGUGCGUGGCAUCCACCUCAUCAAUGAGCCCAUAUUCUUCCGGCCAGUCUUCGCCAUGCUCAAGCCUUUUCUGCCUGACAAGAUUAAGCAGCGGAUCCACAUGCACGGUAGCUCCUUCGCACACAGCCUGAGACAGCACUUCCCCGCGGACAUCUUGCCCCCGGAGUAUGGAGGCAGGGGCCAGGACCUGGACGAGGUGUGCGCCGAGUGGACGCAGUUCAUCCUGAGUUCUGAGGGCCUGCUCCAGCGACUUUCCCUGGGCGGUGCUGCCAGUGCCGGAGGCGCCGAGCAAGCAGGCAGCUUGCUUCAUCUCCCCAGGGAAGGCAGUAGGCCAGUGGGCUUGAGCACCAGCAGCAGGUAGCGCCUCCCCAGACCACACCCCCAGAGACAUCCCCACCAAUGAGAGAAGGCCACACAUUCUCUUGUCUCGUCUGUUCCAGUUAUGCCAGCUAUUACUGUGUGAAUGAGAUUAGUUACAAAAAGAUUUUUAUGCAGUUCUUUUGUGUUCAUAGCCACUGUCCUUGGGCCAUUUGGGCCUCAUCAUUGUGGGGUAAUGCUUGUCCGCCAAGUCACAGUAUAAAGGUCAGGUUCAGUCCCUCUGUCCAAGUGAAGCUUAAACAAGCGCAACAUUGAGCAAGACUGUGUCACAGCAAGCUGGGAGAAACACUGCACCCUGUGAAAGCUCCAAGCUACCACUGUAAAACAGGAUAAAUCAUUCCGUUUCAUUUAUUUACACAAACGUCCAUUAUAACUACAACUUUAUGUUCUUAAUUUUCCUACGAGAAAUCUGAUAAUCCCUGUUUUUUUAGUUCCAGAAACUCCUUAACUGUACAUCAGCAGCCUUGGGGAUUUCAGUCCCCGUCAUGUUCAAUUUUAUCUGCAUUGAUUUUUACCAGAAUAUUUGUAAAGCUGAAAUAAACUGGAUACUUUUAAAGGUUA